AUGAAUCCAAUUACGCAAACAAAGAAUCAAAACGCCAUGAACGAACGUGAACUUCAUUUCGGAUACACAGGCACAGAAAGCAGUUGGCACCGACAAUACAGGGACUCUGCCUGGAUUUUCGUUGGUGGUUUGAGCUACGACUUGACAGAAGGCGAUGUAAUUUGUGUGUUCUCACAGUACGGCGAAGUCGCCAAUAUAAACCUCGUGCGAGACAGAGACAGUGGGCGUUCCAGGGGAUUCGCCUUCGUCUGCUAUGAAAACCAGAAGAGCACCGUUCUUGCUACAGACAAUCUUAACGGCAUAAAGCUUGCGGGUCGCACAAUUCGUGUUGAUCAUGUGGAGAAGUAUAAAGUGCCUACUACCGGUGUGGCGAAAGUUGGACGUCAAGACGCCGACCAGGUCCCUCUAGAGGCUGAUGCUAGUGAAUUCCCCUCAGUAACUGACUACGUCCGCGAGCAUGGUUGCGGACCUGAGGCGAUGCGAAGGAUUCUAGAGCUCCAAAAGGUUAACAAGACCUCCCAAGAAUCCCCGUGGUCUACUGGAUAUCACAUGAAUCGAUCACCCUCUCCACCACGUGGGUCUCAUCGUCUCGCGUCACAAAACUGUUCCCCCUAUCAUAGAAGGUCUCCUUCUGUGUCGCCUCCACGUCGCACGGAAAGGCACUCCACUCGUGGGCAUCCUUCAUCUCACCGGAGAUUUGGUCGUUCUCCAGAGGCAACCGAUGCCUCCACGAGACGCAGAUUGGGAGCAUACUCUAGGAAUGUGUCCAUACCCAGACAAGGAAACAGACUUACUUCCAGCUACGUCUCCUCACAUCAUUCCAGGCACCGCGAGCGCUCUCGAAGCUCCCCUUAUCGAAGAAAAUUGGAACUGUAA